GAUGGCGGAGACGGACGAGCCGGAGAAGAAAAGAAGGAGAGUAGUGGAGCUGACUGAGAAGAUGUUGGUGGAUGGAGACACUGGAAGCACCUCUGACUGGGAUGACCGUUGGAACCAUAUCAAGAAGUUUUUGGAAAGAUCAGGUCCAUUCAUGCAUCCUGACUUUGAACCCAGCACAGAGUCCUUGCAGUUUAUGUUAGAAACCUGCAAAAUCUUGGUCAUUGGUGCUGGUGGUUUGGGAUGCGAGCUGCUAAAAAACCUGGCCUUAUCAGGCUUUCGCAACAUUCAUGUUGUUGACAUGGACACCAUUGAUGUUUCCAACCUAAAUCGACAGUUCCUCUUCAGAGCUAAAGAUGUAGGUCGGCCCAAGGCGGAUGUUGCUGCUGACUUUAUAAACAGCCGUGUGCCUGGAUGCUGUGUAAUCCCCUAUUUUAAAAAGAUUCAAGACUUAGAUGAAACAUUUUACAGACAAUUCCAUAUAAUUGUGUGUGGAUUGGACUCUAUUGUGGCGAGGAGGUGGAUGAAUGGUAUGCUGCUAUCUUUGCUGGUGUAUGAAGAUGGUGUCUUAGAUCCAUCAUCCAUCAUCCCUCUGAUUGAUGGUGGGACUGAAGGCUUUAAAGGUAAUGCCAGAGUUAUUUUCCCUGGCAUGACAGCCUGCAUUGACUGCACCCUUGAGCUUUACCCUCCCCAGAUCAACUUCCCCAUGUGUACAAUAGCCUCAAUGCCUCGUCUGCCAGAACAUUGCAUUGAGUACGUGCGAAUAUUGCUAUGGCCGAAAGAGAUGCCCUUUGGAGAUGACGUGGCUCUGGAUGGAGAUGACCCAGAACACAUCCAGUGGGUGUACCAGAAAUCUCUGGAGAGGGCAGCAGAGUUCAGCAUAACAGGAGUCACAUAUAGACUAACACAGGGGGUUGUUAAGAGGAUAAUCCCUGCUGUAGCAUCCACAAAUGCUGCCAUUGCUGCUGCUUGUGCAACUGAGGUUUUCAAAAUAGCGUCAAGUGCAUAUUUACCUCUGAAUAAUUACAUGGUCUUCAAUGAUGUUGACGGCUUGUACACCUACACCUUUGAAGCCGAAAGGAAGGAAAACUGUUCAGCUUGCAGCCAAGUACCUUCGGACCUACACUUUUCUCCAUCUUCCAAACUCCAGGAGGUGUUGGACUACCUGACCGAGAGCACCUCCCUACAAAUGAAAUCACCUGCCAUAACAACAACAAUGGAUGGAAAGAAUAAGACUUUAUAUUUACAGUCGGUUGCUUCCAUUGAACAGAGGACGCGGCCAAAUCUGGCCAAAACCCUGAAUGAGCUGGGGCUGGCUGAUGGACAAGAGCUGGCUGUAGCUGAUGUCACCACACCUCAGACUGUGUUGUUCAAACUCUGCUUUACCUCAUAAGACAGAAUCAAGCACCUCUACAACUCAUCUAAGAGCUACAACAGUUUACUGCUUAUUCAGUCAAAAUGUCAACCAUUAUAACCUAUUUAACUGUUCCAGUACAAGUAUUGACUAAAGUUAACAUUUUCCACUGAAAAGCCAAAUCUUAGUUCAAACUUGGUCAUGUUUUGGUGAUACAUUGAUGUCAGAUUUCUGCAUUAAUAUUAUUUUUGCUGGAGCCUAUAGCAUGUUCUGUGCAAUGACAGAUGCAAGGGUUACUGUUUUAAGAUUACUUUGUACUUGUUUUACAAAUUAAUAUUUAUUUAUUUCAACUCAUUUUUUUAGAUGUUUAGCCACUGAAGUGGUAAAACACAUCGACAAUGAUGAUGUGUGAACUGGAAUAAAAUAAUAUUUUUUUUGUUUGUUUUACAAAGUUUGUGUGCACUUAAUGUGUGGCAGGAAGAGGAAAGACAAGUGUUUUGUUCGGGUUUUUUUUUUUUUUUUUGAUUUAUUAAUUAAUUAUGCAGUAAUUCACACAUGCAUGUUCCUGAGGAAAUACAUUUUAUACAUUCAUUUUAAUAUCUUCUAUUCAUUUAGACAUUAAAUUUGACUAUUGUUUGAUAAUUAAAAGGAAAAUGAAGAGAAUAAUUAUAAAUAAAUAUUUGUAAAUGAACUAUUAAUCCAUUAAAUAAAAAUCUUUUUUUUAAAGAAAAACUGAUUUUCAAAAUCUUGGAAAAAAAGGAAAAUAUUGGAUUCAAAAUUUGAAUUGGUAAAACCAUAUAAAACCAACUUUCUGAAAUUUACAUUUGUGAUUCCUCCACUUUUUGAUUUAGUGUCCUUUUAGUUAUAGGAUUAAGGUCAGUGGCUGCCAAAGGUUCUUUUAUUCAUAUUAACAUAUUUUUUUAACAUUAGUGAUGACAAAUGAUCAGUGAGAGCAUUAUCAGGUACCAGUACCUCUGAAAUGGGACCAAAAGUGCUCAAAACAUGUAAAUUCCUGCUGUGACAGUGAGUGACUGUUUCAAAAAUAAAACGUUCCCUUAGAAUUUUGUAAUUCUGAUCUCAGUGACAACUAUAACUUUAUAAUGGGACAGCUGCAUAUCUGCUAGAGGAUAAAACUGAUCUCAGAAGUUGACCUCCACCCCUAGAGGUAAGACCACUCUGCUGAUAGGAUAGAACUAUUGUUACCACACUAUAAAAAAAACAAAACAACAACAACAAAAAACAAAUACAGUAUAAGGUGCUAAAUGAAUGUGAAGGAUUUUUUUUGUAUUAGUUAUUUAGAGUUAUUUUUCUGUAUUUCUUAACUACUGAAAUGAAUUGUGGGAGCAAGAACCCCAAAAGAGGGGAGGGGGGCAUUUACAUUGUAGAUUCUUUUUGAAGGCAUCAAAAUUAUGAAUGAACACUUAUGGAAUUAUGUAAUAAACAAAAAAAUGUGAAAUAA